AUGAUCGAGAAGGAUGGCGCCCAGUCGAUCGAUGAGGGCAUUGCCUACCUCAGCCAGCACAACCCCAAUGACCUCCGGGCUCCGCGUGGUACCACGGACAUGGGCGCGGGCUUACGGGGUUUGCAGACGCGGUUCGUGCCCAUGGGGGGUGCCAUCAAAGACUCGCAGCUGGCAUGGCUGCGCCAGGAGCUGGCAGCGGCGCAGAGUGCGGGCGAGCGGAUCAUCGUGCUGACCCACCUGCCCUUCUUCCCCUCAGCCGCUGUGGCCUCCGCUCUGCUAUGGAACUUCGAUGAGCUGCUCGCGGUGCUGCGGGACUUCCCCCGCGGCACGGUGCCCCUGGUGCUCGCAGGAGCGGUGGAGGGUUGGACCCGGACCUGA